UAUGUUUACGGCUUUAUGAGGGUCUAAACGGGAAUUUCUUAAAUAUUUUGCAGGUUGCUAGGGUUUAAGGGAUUGUAUGAUUGUAUCCACAUCUGUAGUAUCUAGGCGAGGAUACCAAAAACCCUAGUCGUCUGGAUCCCUUCUCCGGCACCCAUUCUACUCCAUCUGCCGUUAUCCCUCUUGCUUCAUAUUGACAUUACUGAUUUAAGAUAAUGGUGGCUCCGCUCUACAACACUGUCGACUCACCCAUGAGAGACAAUGAAGAACAGUUGCCCGGUAUAAAAGACAUGGAUGUGGAUGAUAAAAAACAGAUUUGGGAAGAUUGGAAUGCUGAUGAAGAAUACGAUGAAGAUGAUGACGUUGAACUGCUCUGUUUAUUUUGUGAUUAUAAAUACAUUUCAAGUGAUUCACUCUUUGAACAUUGCUUUUCAAGCCACAGUUUUGAUUUUGGAAGCAUCAGAACUACAAUGAACCUGGAUUUCUAUGGUUGUUUCAAGCUCCUCAACUAUAUAAGAUCACAGGUGGGACAAAAUCGAUGUUGGAGUUGUGGAACUACAUGUCAGUCUAGAUCAGAACUACAAGAUCAUUUACAUGAACCUUCUUUAGGAAGCAGUAAUCUUCCAUGGGACAAUGACAUGUACCUGAAACCAUAUAUGGAAGAAGAUCAUUUGUUAUAUGAUUUUGAUAAAGAUGAAGAAGUUGAUGAUGAUUCUAUGAUAUCAUCUAAAGAGGACAUGCUGGAAAAUUUAAAGAUAAGCAUUGAAGAAAAUGGGGCGAGUUCAUCAGAAGUAAAAUCUAAUGAUAAAAAGUCAAACAAUGCCAUUGACCAUGAAAUAGUAAUCGUGAAUAAAAACUAUUUUGGCUCAUAUGGUUCAUUUGGUAUCCAUAGAGAGAUGAUAAGUGAUAAGGUAAGGACGGAUGCUUACAGACAAGCUAUUGUAGACAACCCUUCUCUUAUAAAGGGUGCGGUUAUCUUGGAUGUUGGUUGUGGUACAGGGAUAUUAAGUCUGUUUGCAGCCCAAGCAGGGGCCUCAAUAGUAAAUGCAGUUGAAGCAAGUGAUAAGAUGGCUUCCGUAGCCUCUCAGAUUGCAAAAGACAAUGGUCUUUUGUGGAAUGAGUCUCCAAACAGAAAUGGAGUAGUUAAAGUUGUGAAUGGAAUGGUUGAAGAUCUUAUUGAAUCAAAACAAAUUGAGCCCAAAAGUGUUGAUGUUUUAGUGAGUGAGUGGAUGGGUUAUUGCUUACUCUAUGAGUCAAUGUUGAACUCAGUUCUUAUUGCAAGAGAUCAUUGGCUUAAGCCUGGAGGUGCUAUGCUCCCUGAUACUGCUACCAUGUUUGUUGCUGGAUUUGGAAAAGGGGCUACAAGUAUGCCAUUUUGGGAACAUGUUUAUGGAUUUGACAUGUCAUCAAUUGGUAAAGAACUGGUGGAAGAUGCUGCUCAUAUUCCCAUUGUUGAUGUUGUGGAUGGAAAUAAUUUGGUCACAAAUACUGCUCUUCUUAAGACGUUUGAUUUAGUGACAAUGAAACACGAUGAAGUCGAUUUCACAGCCUCGGUCCAAUUACAACAAAAGGGACAAUCCACCGUAAGCAAAUGUUAUGGAAUUGUACUUUGGUUCGAUACUUCUUUCACAAACCGAUUUUGCAAAGAAGCCCCUACAGUUUUGUCAACGUCACCAUACACCCCCUCAACUCAUUGGUCUCAAACUUUGCUCACUUUUUGCAAACCAAUUUCACUAUCAUCACUGGUGGAUAUGGCCCACCAUAGUUGUUUGCCAGCUGGCACAGAUGCCAACCCAGCAGUUGAUAUAAAUUCACGCAUCAGUAUUGUACGUGGUCUUGAACAUCGCAGCAUUGAUAUUUCAAUGGAGGUGACUGCUGUUGGGUUUGAUGGGCGAAAACGGAAAUUGCCUGUGCAAAUGUUUAAUAUGCGUUAGAUUUUGAUAUGGUUAAUGUUUCUUUGUAUCGUGUAACCUUGUGACA